AUGUAUCUGCUGGUGCUUCUUCACUUCCUGCAGUCCCUUCUGAUGGCGGUCCACUCCUGCCCGGCCUCAUGCUCCUGCACGUACGGGAACAGUGGAAUAGCUGAGCUCAGGUUGGUUCAGUGCAGUGACCCUGGAAUCUCAGCUGUCCCUGUCAAUGUCCCAGCUGACACCGUCAAACUGCGUCUGGAGAAGACUCUGAUCUCCAAGAUGCCUCGUGCAGCAUUUUACAACCUGUCAGAGCUGCGAUUCCUAUGGCUGACCUACAACGCCAUAACAUCCAUCCACCCCAGCAGCUUCGUCAACCUGAAGGCCCUGCGGGAGCUGCGUCUGGACGGGAACCUCCUGACGUCCUUUCCCUGGGAGGGCCUCCGGGACAUGCCCCGCCUCCAGACUCUGGGCCUCCAUAACAACCGCCUGUCCAGCCUUCCUGCCCACGCAGCUCUGUUUCUCCCCAACAUCACCUACCUUGACCUGUCCAGCAACAGGCUUACUAUAUUACCUGCAGAACUGUUGGACCUUUGGUUCCCUCUUCCAGGACAACAGGGAGUAUCAGUACAGAGAAGAAUUUUGGGUCUCCAUGACAACCCCUGGCUGUGUGACUGUCAAAUCUCCAUGCUGAUGUCCUUGUCCUCGUCCCUGGGGAGUCCGGUGGUCCUGAUGGACCAGAUGCUGAUGUGCAGCAGGUCUUUGGGCCAGGCGGGGAUGCUGCUGACCCAGGCCGAGCUGUCCCGCUGCAUGAGGCCCUCAGUUCAGCCUGCAGCCACCAGGGUCAUGUCUCCACUGGGCAGCAAUGUGAUCCUCCGCUGCGACGCCACCGGCUACCCGACACCAACACUGACCUGGAUCAAAACCUCAACGUACACCGGUUGCUGCCAACAAGGCCUUUUAGAGAACUCUGAAGAGCUGCCCAAGAUUUUGGAGAGCUUCAUGCAGGAAUCUCCUCGAGUUGGGGUCCGCUGGUCGAUAAUCAGCCUAAAUGGAUUAUCAUACAAGGAUGCUGGAGAAUAUCGCUGCCAGGCCCGGAACAUGGCGGGAAUAUCCGAAGCACCAAUCAAACUGAAAGUCACUGGUGUCACAAGGCUGUCUCGUCCUCUAAAGAAGAAGAUCCAAAAAACUCCGCCCAAAUCGUUGUCAAAAUACAAGAAGCCGAACCAGACCCCGGUUAUUCCCAAGACGAUAUCUGUGCUGGACAAUAACAUACUCACAAAUAUCCCACCAUCUUUUAACAAUAAGGCCCAGAGAGGGGGUAACCUCCUGUCCAAAGUCGUUCACGUGCAUCAAGUGGACAAGUAUGUCAACAGGCGGAAAAUGAACUCAUCCAAUGCGAAGAAAAAGACUCGGACGUUGAUCAAGUCUGUAUCCAACGCCUCUGAUAAUUCUACUGCUGCUCUCUUGUCAGCAGCUCUUGUAUGA